UUAAUCUUUUCUUUAUCGCGUCUUUAUUUUAUCUUCAUUUCGUUGUUUUAUUUUUUCCGCUCCUCGUUUAAUUUUUAUCAAGAAUGUGUCGGUUUUUCACGAUAUGGAUGUGUACGUCUUUGCUGCACCUAAUAUUAUGUAUUGUCUGUGCGUUCGGCCUGUACGAAACAGCACCACCGCAUAUUAUUGUGUUUAUGGCCGAUGAUUUGGGUUGGAACGAUGUUGGUUUUCACGGAUCAAAUCAGAUACCAACCCCUAACAUCGACGCGCUCGGAUACAAUGGAAUUAUACUAAAUAGACACUACGUAUUACCGUCAAGUACACCAUCUAGGAUAGCUUUCUUCACUGGACUCUAUCCAAUACGCCUUGGGAUGCAAGGAGAAGGAAUCCGCGGUGGUGAGCCACGUGGUUUGCCGCUAAAUAUAAAAAUUUUACCAGAAUAUUUACGAGGUCUAGGAUAUACCACGAAAUUAAUUGGAAAGUGGCAUAUGGGAUACCACACACCUCAGUACACGCCAUUGCACAGAGGCUUCGAUACGUUCCUCGGUUUUUACAAUAGCCAUAUUUCUUAUUACGAUUAUAGGUAUUCGAAUAAGAAUAUGAGCGGAUAUGACAUGCAUCGUGGAGACGAUCCAGCUCAUGGAUUCAAUCGCGAAUACGCGACAGACUUGUUCACCGACGAGGCGAUCAGGAUCAUCGAAAAUCACGAAGUGCCGAGGCCUCUCUAUCUCCAGCUUUCGCAUCUCGCGGUUCACGGCCCUUUAGAACAACCAAUAGACGAAUACAACGACAGAGAGACUAUACAGAUUCGUGAGCCAAAUCGUCGCAAAUAUGCUAAAAUGGUGUCGAAGCUAGACAAGUCGGUUGGGGCUAUAGUUCACGCGUUAGGAGAGAAAGGAAUGCUGCGGGAUUCCUUGAUCCUAUUCCUCACCGAUAACGGAGCACCGUCGAUUGGUAGAUGCGGAAACUACGGCUCGAACUAUCCUUUGAGAGGGACAAAGUACACGUUACACGAAGGUGGUGUGAGAGGAGUAGCGGCAUUGUGGUCGUCUAGAUUGCAAAAGGCAGCCAGAGUGUCCAACGAAUUGGUGCACAUAACAGAUUGGCUGCCAACCCUUUACUCUGCAGCUGGUGGAGAUCUGAAGGAUCUAGGCGAGAUCGACGGCAUCGAUCAAUGGCGCGUACUUAGCGAAGGAUACGGACGUGGGAGAGAGAAGCUUUUGUUGAAUAUCAACGAAGUUUCCAAAACUGAGGGGGCGAUAUAUAGCCGAUUCAAAUUGUUGAGAGGUGAAAAUGGUUUUUACGAUGGGUACUAUGGUGACUCCGGAAGAACAUUAGAGACACCACCCUACACGGAAGUCGUGUUGAACAGUACUGUUUCUCAAAGCAUCACUUAUCAUCUUGGUGGUCCAGUGACACAACCGAGUACAAUGUUGCAAUUACGACGAGAUGGAACGGUCCAAUGUGAUACAAACCUCACGUACUCUGAUAAACGCCUGCUCACGUCUUGCAACGUUACCGAAUGUUUAUUCGACAUAGUGAACGAUCCAUGCGAAACGAAGAACGUCGCAGAAGUGUACGUCAGGAUAGCCAAAGACUUGGACCGUUAUUUGGAAUACUAUGGCCAUAUUUUAGAGAGGCAGAUGAUAACACGGGUCGAUUGGUUCGCAGAUCCAAGGAUGAGAAACGACACGUGGGAACCGUGGAUAAAUUCAGGGGCUGUGAUAUACGUUUCAAACGCUGCAGACAUGCUUGGCAAUUUAAUCUAUUACAUCCACAUUUCCAUCAUCUUCGUCUCGAUAUUGUUGAACAAUUAUAUCUGACCAUGACAAUGAUUCUGCAACGAGCAUUAUUGUGGCACCAACAGAUUGAAAGUCGAACGACACGAUUCUAUGAAAUAUAAUUGAGGCUGAUGUAGAGGCUAUCAAACGACGAGACAAAUACACCUUGCAAAACUGUGAAAUUCUCGAACAAUUUGUUCUACGAUUUCCAUAAAUCUUCAUCUUUUCAUUAUUGAAUUUUCAGCAGAAUAAAUUAAUUUUGAACAAUAGUACAAUGUGCUUUCGUGCUUUUAUUUUCAUUCGUUUCAGUUAAUUUGUAACAUUAUCUACGUUGACGCAUUAAAUUUAUGCGAAAUUGGGAUUGUCAAAUUUUUGCGUCCCUUGGGACAAAUAAAUAUGUUUUUUUUAAUAUGCAAGGUGUCUCAAUUUGCUCUACAAGUACAAUUACUUCCAGAAGCUAGCCUAUUGAAGAAAAUGUUACUUCAAACGAAUUGAAGAUAUAAUACAUAAUUGAGAAAUCAUCUCAAACGACUAUAUAUUUUUGAAGUUUCGAUUUUCUUUUUUUGUUUGAUAGAAUAUUGACACACAUUGGCAUAAUUCCAAUCUUAAAUUCUUACUUCAUUAUAAAUUGGACAAGGUUUUUUUGUUUGAAACGUCUGAAGAUAACUAUGUUUAUGAGAUUGAAACAAGACACUUCGUCACAAUGUCACAAUUUCGUAUCAAGGUGAAUGUAAUAAUUUAAGAAGAAUUUAAUUCAUUUGAUUUAACGAAGAAUAUAUAUACCCGCAUACGAAAAGAUACUAAGCUCGAGGAGAUUGGCUCUCAUUUCUCUUUUUCGAUAAUUGUUGCUAAACAAGUACGACUAACAUUUUAUAGCCGGGAAGAAGAUUUCAUCGAAGGAAAAUGUAAAAAUAUGGCUGGCAAUGCUUCGGCUUAAUUGGUGAAUCAUGGCGAUAAAUGUGAUUAACGAGACAGAAAUUGAGAUAAAUGACUUGGUAUCAUAAUUAACGAUUUCGCCGACCUUGCUUCGUAAUUCAAACGAAUAAGUAAUUUAGAUGCGUCGGGGGUGAGCCUUCUAGCGAGAUAUACUCAUUACCUGCCAUAAUUCAAGUCGUUUCGUAGCACGUUUUUAACACGUAUUAUUAUUAUUUACUAAUUGUAAGUAAUACAUACUCGCACUUUCUAAUAAUUCGAUUGACGAUAUAUACGUGUUUAAUAUGA